AUGUAUUUUAUAUCCCUUCAGAACAAUGUAUUUUAUAUCCCUUCAGAAAUUCACAAUGUAUUUUAUAUCCCUUCAGAAAUUCACAAUGUAUUUUAUAUCCCUUCAGAAAUUCACAAUGUAUUUUAUAUCCCUUCAGAAAUUCACAAUGUAUUUUAUAUCCCUUCAGAAAUUCACAAUGUAUUUUAUAUCCCUUCAGAAAUUCACAAUAACAAUGUAUUUUAUAUCCCUUCAGAAAGUCACAAUGUGUUAUAUAUCCCUUCAGAAAGUCACAAUGUAUUUUAUAUCCCUUCAGAAAGUCACAAUGUAUUUUAUAUCCCUUCAGAAAGUCACAAUGUAUUUUAUAUCCCUCCAGAAAGUCACAAUGUAUUUUAUAUCCCUUCAGAAAGUCACAAUGUAUUUUAUAUCCCUUCAGAAAGUCACAAUGUAUUUUAUAUCCCUUCAGAAAGUCACAAUGUGUUAUAUAUCCCUUCAGAAAGUCACAAUGUGUUACAUAUCCCUUCAGAAAGUCACAAUGUGUUAUAUAUCUUUCAGCUAAAGUCAUAA